UUUUUUUUUUGUUUCUGGUUUUUUUUUCAUUAAAUACAUUAGUUUAACAACUAUGAAAUGGCGAGCACUUGUACUGUUGCUUAGUGGUUUAGCUGUAAUAUACAUCGCUGUUUUAUCACAAGAUACACCGUAUUUACAUCCUAAAAUCAUCUAUACAUCCAACUAUCCAUCGUUGUUUACAUUUAAGCCGGACAAGGUUGUCAUUUCUACUGUUGGUUCUUAUAUUUACUUGACCGCUUUUAAAUUUGAAGCAUUAAAGAGUAGAGGCUCCUUAGUUGGUACUGGGAAACUUAAGUUAGGUGUACAAGGAUAUGUUAAACAAGUUAAAAGGCCCAUUUCAAAUAUAUUAUCAGAAAAUGACUCGUUAGAAACAGAAGACUGGACACCAUGUUUUGAGCAUGUAUUUAAAGGACCUAUAUCACAAAUAUCUACUAGAAAUAUUCCUAUAAUAGAAAAGAAACAACAAAUGCAAUUUGCAGUUUUAUACCACCAAGUUGAUAAUGAUAAUUCGUACCAUUAUGUGAGAAUAUAUUAUACCACUGAGGAGAAUUCAUUUGAGUAUAAAGAUAUUAGAUUACCAGGAACUACUUGGGUUGAUGCUAUAUCAUUAGAAAAAGAUUCUUUAAUAUUUUCAAGGGAUCCUGAUGACUAUGAAUUUCAUAUAAUGACAUUACCUUCAACUAUAACCAAUUCACCACAUCAUACUUUAAUAACAGCUCUUGGUAGUUAUCAAAUUGAAAAGGGAAGAUUAGUACAAGAAUGGUCACAGCCUUAUUCAACUGAACAAUAUUCUACUUUAUUUUCAAGACUCUAUUCCCCUAUGAAUGAAACAUAUCGAGUUUUUACACUAAAUGUUCAUAAAACAACUACGACAUUUUAUGUGAAUAUUACAAUAGCUGAUAAUACAACAAGUAUUAAUAAUGAAAAUAAAUUAGUUACUACUUGGAUUCAAAGAGAAAAAGGAGAAUCAGACUAUCCUGUUUAUAAUGAUGACUCUAUGAAUUAUGUAGGAUUUUCAGAUAUAUCAUAUCAAACUUCGCAUCAUCAUCAACAACAACUACAAUCUAGUCGAAUAAGUAUGCCAAAGUUACUUUCAACUGUUUCAGCAGAUGCGAAAACGAUUGUCUUUCCUUAUAUUAAAAAUAAAUUCAUCACUUUGGACUUUACUGAUAGAAUUGAUAUUUUAAAGCUUAUUGAUUCAGAGAAGGAAAGACUAUAUACGAACGAUGGAAGGAAAACGAUUAUUCCAGAGUAUUAUUAUUGGCAAGGAUAUGAAACUGUAGAUGCUGAAAUUAUGGGGAUUCAGUUAAAUGAAGAGGGAGACAAUUUAGCGCUUUGGACCGAAUAUAAUUACAUUUACAUCUAUGGUCGUGAUAAUAAACGUAUAAAGGAUAAGGAUCAUAUUGAGGUUCAUAAUGAAGGCCUAGGUGUAUUGGGCAAACUUAACACAUGGGUAGAUUACUUUUUAUCAGAUAUAUCGGAUGAAGAAAAACAACUGAGGACACGUUAUUUCCCUCCUCCUUGGAGACUAGAAAUGGCUAUACCUUCUAUUCGAGAUGAUUAUGGUGGAUCAAAACCUGUAGGUGCAGUUCAUUUUUGGCAAGAUAGUAAAGGACUCAAAUAUUUAUUUGUUGCUUUGAAAAAUGGAAAUAUCAAUUCUUAUCGCAUUGAUAAACAUGAACCAUUGAAGAGUGCUGAUUUCUGGACAUUUGCUUCUGAAAGAUGGGAUAUGCUUUUUGCUAUGAGUAUGGUUAUAACUAUAUUUGUAUAUAAUGAAAUUCAACGUCCAUAAUAGCUACCGCCAUCUGUUGUAAAGAAGCAAACAUAUUUUUCACUUUCAGAUUUAAUAAAAGUAUAAUUCGUUAGACACUUUAACAUUAUUGACACUAUGUCUAAUCAAUGAUAUUCAAGUUAAAUAAGCUUAUUAAAGAAUAAAAAAAAACAUAAUUUUGUGACGUAGAAUUGAAUAAAGCUUAAAACCGG